UUAUGCUGGAAAGUUAUGGCAACAAAUGGGCAAAUCUCAAGAAAGUUGUGAAGCUUUAAUUACACAACUGCGUUUUUAUAAAGAGCAAGAACAAAAUAUAAAUGAAAAUCCAAAUCCUUAUUUCAAUUUAUCAAAUCCUAUAGAUCAACUUUGUCAUACUCAAAUUAUGGAAAUAACUCCUGAAAUAAUGUCUGAUAUUGCAGAAACAGUUUUUAAAGAAUUUGAAGAAGAAAGAUUAGUGGAAGAAAGACAUAGAAUUGUCUAA